AUGACUCUCACGGCAACUCAUUGUGUCGCCUCAAUCCCAACAUACCCAAUCUGCAAGCAUCAACAUAAACCUCCUCGAUCUCUCUCCCGGCGGAUCUUAUCAAGAUCAAAUAGAGUCUCAAAUGUUAAAAUUCCGCAGUCGACCUCUUUAACCUUCGAGCCAAGAAACGAGUGUGAGUGCUUCAAUCUGUACGAGCAGCAGGUUCCAUAUGGUCAGGCGUGGGCUUGGCAGAAGAGCAUAGUUAACGAGAAAAAAACUUUGAUUCAGAGGAAUGAGGAUUGCUCAGACUCGCUGUUUGUUCUUCAGCAUCGUCCUGUGUAUACCUUGGGGACUGCUAGUUCAGAGCAGUUCCUUAAUUUUGACGUCAAGGACUCACUUUUCGACAUUUAUCGAACCGAACGUGGCGGUGAGGUUACAUAUCAUGGUCCUGGUCAGAUAGUUAUGUACCCCAUUAUGAAUCUCCGAAAUCACAAGAUGGAUCUUCAUUGGUACCUCAGGUCACUUGAGGAGGUGAUCAUCCGUGCUCUUUCAGAGACAUUUUGUAUCAAGGCAUCACGGCUUGAGGGCCUCACUGGUGUUUGGCAUGGAAACCAGAAACUGGCGGCCAUCGGAAUACGAGUAUCACAGUGGAUAACGUAUCAUGGCUUAGCGUUGAAUGUCACCACUGACUUAACCCCUUUUCGUUCGAUAGUGCCCUGUGGGUUACGAGACUAUCAGGUUGGAAGUGUUAGAGUUUUGCUGAAGGAAUUUCAGUCAUCUGCCGACUGCGAAAGAGCACGUCUACCUGAUCCUGACGAUGGCCAGCUACUUGAUAUUACUUGUAAAUCUUUGAUCAAAGAGUUUUCAGAAGUUUUCCAGGUUAGAAUCAAUUAUGAAACCAUCUCAAGGUUGGAGCUAUUAGAAAGGAAACCUGUAAACCAUUUGGAAGAGGAAACUAAUUAA